UUUUAAACACAGAUUAGUGUUGUGUUUGCAAGUGGAGUGGAAAUCCACUCAGUUUAUUUUUCUAAUAAUUUGAUAAUAUAAAUCGCCGAAAAAUGGAAGAAAGUGUGGCUCUAGAUUCAAGUAACCAAAAAAAGUUUGUGAAAUCUAUUAGAGGAAUCAAGAAAUUGAUAAAGAAAACCGGAAAAGUCCCGAAGCCUGACAAAACUAUUAAUCCUUCACCGAAAACUAAGAAAAGGCGUACACUCAGGAAGAGAGGCCUAGUUUACUUGUCACAUAUUCCACAUGGGUUUUAUGAGCAUGAGAUGACGGAAUACUUCAAGCAGUUUGGCAAGGUGACCAACUGCAGGGUGAUCAGGUCCAAGAAGACGGGAGCCUCAAAGGGAUUUGCGUUCAUUGAGUUCAGUGAACCCGCCGUCGCACAGAUUGUGGCCGAGACCAUGAACAACUACCUCAUGGGAAAGAGGCUGUUAAAAGCUGAAUGCAUACCUCCGGAGAAGCAAAGGCGCCAUGCCAUGAGGAAGAACUGGAACCAGCAAAAUAACCCAGGAAACAACCUGAAACUUAGGUUGAAAAAGGCUUUCAAUGAAACAAAAACUGAUGAACAGGACCUCAAAAAAGCAAGGAAAAUACUGACUAAUCUUAACCAGACAAAAAAGAAGCUGAUGGCAGCAGGGAUAGACUAUGACUUCUUCCUGCCAGUGGAUGUGCCACAAGAACUAGCAGACAAGGUGGAAGUGAAAUCAGAACCAGCAGCAGAGAAACCCAAGGAUGCUGCUAAGAAAGACGUAAAAACAAAAGAAACUAAAGUUAAAGAAGUGAAAUCGAAAGACACUAAAGUUGCACAAGCUAAGGAAGUCAGUGUAAAGUCUAAUGAAAAAGAAUCAAAGAAAGCGUCUAAAGUAAAAGAAACAAAGAAAGUGACUAAAGAAGACAAAACAAAAGCUGGACAGAAGGCCCUAGGAGUAAAGAAACCUCUAGAAAGUUUCAUAAAAGUGGGAGAGAGUGAUUCGGACGGAGACAGUGAUGGCUCGCUGGUGUUUGACUCGGAUGAGUUUGAGCAGCUACAGGAGUUUGAUGAAGAGUUUGAGUCUGGUGAUGAAGCAUCGGGAAGUGAAGAUGAUGAUGAAGGUUCAGAAGAGGAGAGCAGUGAAGAUGAGUCACCUCCUCCAGCUAAGAAGACAGCAACAAAUAAAAAGGGGUCAAAACCUGCGCCCAAACCGCAACCCAAGAAAGAAAAAGCUCCCAAAAGCAAACCCGAGGUCAAAAGGAAAGCUCCUCAAAAUGCAGCGGUGAAUUCCUCAAAGAAGCAGAAGUUUGAAAAGAAAGGAACACAACCCAAAAUAUUUAAGAAAAAGUAGUUUUAAAUAAAUACAUGUAAGGACUCA